ACCAACGGCACCAACGGCCACCGCGCCCUCUCACGGGCGCUGCCCCGCCAGCGUGAGGCGAACCCCGUCCCCGCCGGGCGGGGAUUAAAGAGGGCUGACUGAAUAAAUAAAUGACGGCGUGGGGGUGAGCGCGGGGAGGGAAAGGCCGGGCCGGUGGGAGGAAAGUGAAGCGGAGCCGGAGAGGGGCAGCCGGAUGAGCUCGGCCCGGGUGGGCUGGUGCGGCCGCCGAUUGGGCAGGAGCGCGUCGUGCGGUCGGAUCUCGGAGACGGAGAGAUGCCGAGGGGGGAGCUGAGAAGCCGCCCCAGCCCGCCGGGGCACAGGCGUCCCGGGUGCCGCUUCCCGCGCCCGCCAGGCCCGCUGCCCCGGGCAGCCCGCCAGAAAGAUGAUGACAUUGAAGAGGGAGAUCUUCCCGAACACAAGAGGCCUCCAGCGCCAAUAGAUUUCUCAAAAAUUGAUCCAGGCAAGCCUGAAAGUAUCCUGAAGCUGACGAAAAAGGGGAAGACUUUGAUGAUGUUUGUCACGGUGUCAGGAAAUCCCACGGAAAAGGAGACGGAAGAAAUUACUAGCUUGUGGCAGGGCAGUCUCUUUAAUGCAAACUAUGAUGUGCAAAGGUUUAUUGUUGGCUCAAAUCGUGCAAUCUUUAUGCUACGUGAUGGUGGUUACGCCUGGGAGAUCAAAGACUUUCUGAUAAAUCAAGAAAGGUGUGCGGAUGUUACUCUGGAAGGUCAGGUUUAUCCUGGCAAAGGAGCAGAAGAAAGUGAGAAAGUGAAAAACAAAACAAAACCUGAAAAAGCAAGGAAGAAAAAAGACGCAGACAAGAAAUCUAACAGCAUCAAAGAGGACAACCGAGCUACCAAACAGAGAGAGGAUCUAUGACGGACACGUUAACCAGACUGAAUGCUGCUCUGCCCUUUCUUGAAGGGAAACUAAUUUUGCAUACAAUUUACUGGGAGGGAAGGAAGGAAGGAAGCAGAGAUUACUGAAGUUAAGACUUUUAUGUUGAAAUACACCAGUUUACCUAUUAAUAUUGGCCAUUUGUUUAGUUACAGGAAAGGUAAUGUUUAAUGCCAGCAAUUGACUACUUUAGUUUGUAACUUUUUAUGUUUUAGUUGUUGUUUGAAAUUAACAUACAAAUCUGUGUGUCUAACAUCACAAACCUAAGUUAAGUGGAAAAGAAGAAACAGUCUCAGAAUACACCGAUGUUCAUUUGUAGUAGCUGCGUCCAUGUUGGGUAUGCGAGUUAGUCAUUGAUUCGGAACUGCUGUUAGAUAGCAGAGUACAGUGCUGAAAGAUUCUCUUGGAAGCCAGUUUGCUAGGCGCACUUGGCAAAACUGCCUAAAAUUGUGAAUAAUAAUGUUAUAGUGGCCAAAGAUGCCUGAAAUCACGGUGUUUAGGACCCGUCUGGUUAGACUGCCUGUUUCUUUAAAAUAAACAAAACCUGUUCUCUCUGUCCCCAGAAAUCCACGGAGGUGCUUAGGAGCAUGAUAGAAGCUAAGGCAGAUAUUUAAUGGAUGCACUCCAAAUCAGUGCAGAAAGGAGAUCCUGUACUACCAGAAGCGAUGCUGGGAUGUUAAUGGAAUUACAGUACCCACGUGAGCAGUGUCGGAGUGAAAGCAAAAGUCAUGCCAUUCAGGGUGCUGCCGCUGCCAAAGAAUUGUGCCUGUGGAAGCAAAUGUUGUAUAUGCCCCAUUAUCCAGGCAGUGAGCUAGAAGAAAUAGCUUUAACUCUGGAAAUCUAUUUGUUUUACUAGUUUAAGGGUUUGUUUAAAUCUUUGAAAAAGCACUAGUUACAGUACAGUACAGGGUUAAACUUUGAGUUAGACGUACCACUGAUGUUUAGUAACCAGAUUUUUUUUUUGGGGGGUACAGAUUCCCAGCUGACCUGGUUGAUUGUAAAUGAACAUUUGAUUUAAAUACUAUGAAUUCUUGAUGUAUGGGAGCAAAUUUGAUUUCUCCUUGAAAGACUUUGUAUAACUGGGAUGAUUUUAUUAUUAUUCAGAUUGUAUUCAGCCAAAUGCAUUGCUUGGAAUUGUUUCCCUUCUGCCUUACUCUCUGUUAAGAACUAAAUGCACCUAGUAUGUGUGGUCCAUGUUUUCCAGAUGAUGAGCACGGUAUUAACUGUCUUCAUUUGAUACUACUAUGAUGUUACUUUGACUUCUUAUUUAAGGUGCUAAAAUCCAAGUGUUUUGGAUAAAAGGUCCUAAUUGAACCAUAAUGGUUGAUCUUGUGGAAUACUUCAGUAUCAAAAGUGGGACACUGACUUACUGCGUGCUCGUUCUAAAAUAAAAGAUGUCACUAAA